GUAUGCUUACUCAAUGGUGCUACAACAGCUUCAGGAGUCUCAGGCUCGGGCUGAGUCUUCUGAGCCUCUUCAGUAGGAGUUUCCACUUCUUCGUCGCUCUCGAUUAUUUUCACAACUUUCUUACCUCUACCGCGGCCCCUGCCUCUACCUCUACCGCGUCCCCUACCACCACGGCCUCUGCCCCGGCCCCUUUUAGGAGCACCAUCCAUUUAUUUACCUUUUUUUUAGGAAAACCAAACACAAACAAAAUUGUGAGGUUAUGUUGACAUAAUUUGAUACCAUCAAAUUUGUUGAAGACCAUGUCUAUCUUUGUUUAGCUUAUCAUAAAUGACAAAGACCAACAUAUACUUCGAUGAAAUAAUAGUUGUUGACUUUGACAAAUUGUGUCGUGUCAAAUCAAAAUGGUAUAAUUUUGUGAUGAUUAUUUAAAAAAAUUAAAUUCGAAAAUAAACCCAUAAAAACGAUGUGUUGAAGCUCGAAAACUACAAAGACCAGUAAGUGAAACCACCCAAAAUGGAACGGCGACAAUUUGUAGCGUUUACGACGAUUUGUUUCGUCCUAUUUUGGAACAUUGCCUCGUUGCAAAAUACUGCAGUGGUGGACCUCCAGACAAACGAAACCAGCUUCAAGGGGCUCAACUUGUCCGCUCUCCACUCAUUGCAAAACACCUCCCAACCUCCUACCAACCUUACUGAAGCCCUACCAACAACCCAGUCUACAGUAAACUUAACUCAACCAUCUACAGUAGCCUCUUCUGUUGUUGAAAUUAAAGCAGUAGACAUUAUUAAUGCCACAACAAGCAAUGAAACCAGCAAAAUUAAUGUAAGCUCCACCACUCAAUCUGUUGAUCCAGUAUUGCCAGACAAAGAAUCAGCAGAAGCUGAGCACAACAGCUCAAUGGCAAUUUUUUUCGUCUUGUGCGUAUUGGCCAUAGGUAUAAUGCUGAUUCAUUUAAUGCUACAAACAGGCUUUCAGUAUGUACCAGAAAGCAUUGUAAUAGUGUUUUUGGGGGCCCUCAUUGGGUUCACAAUGAGUGCCCUUUCAAAUAGAAACAUCAGUAACUGGAGGAAAGAGGAAGCAUUUUCACCUACAGCAUUUUUCCUUAUUUUACUACCCCCAAUUAUAUUUGAAUCUGGCUAUAACUUGCACAAAGGCAACUUUUUCCAAAACAUUGGCUCCAUUUUAGUGUUUGCUAUAGUUGGCACGACAAUUUCAGCUUUUGUGAUUGGAUUUGGGAUUUAUUUCUUGGGUCUAGCUGAAGUUGUUUAUAAGCUUAGCUUUGUAGAGUCUUUUGCUUUUGGUUCAUUGAUUUCUGCUGUUGAUCCAGUGGCAACUGUAGCAAUAUUUCAUGCCUUGAAUGUGGAUCCUGUAUUGAACAUGUUGGUUUUCGGGGAGAGUAUUUUGAAUGAUGCUAUUGCCAUUGUGCUUACAACUGCAGCUUUGGAAUCGAAUAAUCCUCUAAUGAGUACUGGGGAGGCUAUUAUUUUGGGGAUACAAAAUUUCUGUUUGAUGUUUUUUGCUUCAGCUGGUAUUGGAGUGAUUUUUGCACUAAUAAGUGCUUUAUUAUUGAAGCAUGUUGACCUUAGAAAAAAUCCGUCCUUGGAAUUUGGUAUGAUGCUGGUUUUCACCUAUGCCCCUUAUGUAUUAGCUGAAGGCAUUCAUUUAUCUGGCAUAAUGGCUAUUUUAUUUUGUGGCAUUGUAAUGUCGCAUUAUGCUCACUUCAAUUUAUCCACUGUUACCCAAAUAACUAUGCAGCAAACUUUGAGGACUUUGGCUUUUAUUGCAGAGACUUGCGUUUUUGCCUAUUUAGGCUUGGCCUUGUUUAGCUUCAAGCACCGUGUAGAGCCUGCUCUGAUCAUUUGGAGCAUCAUUCUUUGUCUCAUUGGCAGAGCUUGUAAUAUAUUUCCUCUGGCAAUAUUAGUAAAUAGAUUCAGGGAGCAUCAAAUUACAAGAAAAAUGAUGUUUAUUAUGUGGUUUAGUGGUUUAAGAGGAGCUAUUUCUUAUGCUUUGUCUUUGCAUUUGAACUUCAGUGAUGAAACUAGGCACGUUAUUAUUACAACUACGUUAAUUAUUGUGCUGUUCACUACACUGUUUUUUGGCGGGUCUACAAUGCCUUUGCUGAAGCUGAUGCAAGCCACAAUUAAAACUAAAAAUCCUGCCAGGAGGUUGAAGAAAAGGAAGAAGGAUAGGGAGGUGACGCUGAGCAAGACUAGAGAGUGGGGACAGGCGUUGGAUUCAGAACAUUUGUCUGAAACUACUGAAGGCGAAAUGGAGGUUUCUUUUGUGUCGGAUAGGAUCAAAGGCUUUGCCAAGUAUGAUUUGAAGUAUUUCAUACCUUUUUUUACUAGGAGGUUUACACAACAGGAGCUGAAAGAUUGCAAAAGCCAGAUGACAGAUUUAACAAACCAAUGGUAUCAAGCUAUUCGAAUAUCGCCUGACCAAUCUGAUGAGGAAACUGGAUCAGCUGGACGAUCUAGUAGUAUAGCCAGUAUUGUUCGCUGACCGUAUUUAAAUGUAGAAAAGCUUCCUUUAUUAAAUUAAGUCAUUUCAAUAAAGAAAAUAUUGUUUGUUUAAAGCCAAAUAGAAAUAUUGUGUAUUAAUGUUAUUUUUUGUUUGGAAUUAUUUGUUUGUGAUAAUAAUUACCUACUUCACAGUAAUUUAAUUAUUGUGAUCUGUACUUACCUGUUAUGUAAAUAUACGUAAUUAUUUGUUUUGUGGUCUUUUACAAAAAUUUUUAUUUAUUAAUUUACUUUAGGGAAUAUGAAGGCAAAGUGGAAAGGGAUUAUUUGUGAUAUAUGAAAAUUUUGUUUGUUGAAGUUAUUGCUUUGGAUAAAUAAAUAUUCAUAAUGCAAUUAUUUUGAGGAUUAUUUCCACUCCUACAUAAUAUUCAC